AUGUUUGCUGGUACGAGGCAAUUGGACAAGAUCAUGUCCUACGGAAGGACUAAAGGCGUUCACAGAGGUCUAGAAUACACUGGAAUAAAUGGUUUAGAGGCCAAAGACAUCAAAUUCGUGUCUGCUGGUGUGUAUUCACACCCUGUCAGCAGAACUGAAGGUAUUGCAGUAGGAGAACUAGAGUUACUACAGCACGGAGAACUGGAUGUUACUUUUGUGGAAGGCAUGGACACGUAA